GGGACCCUUUAUUCAUUACAAAUUGUUGCAACUAUACCAUUAAGGUUUCGGAAUGAAAAUUUUGGAUAUACCAUAGUUCCAGGAAUGGGGAUUGCUAUGGUAAUGGAGUUUUGUGAGGGUGGAAAUUUAAGAAGCAUAUGCGAUGGAAGCCGCCCAGAAAUUAUUGAAGGCAUACCAACUUUUUUGGUGAAAUUAAUGCAAAGAUGUUGGGAUAAUGACCCUAAGAAACGUCCAAAUGCUGAAGAAAUAGUGCAUGAAGUUGAAUCUGGAUUAGAAGUGAUUCAGAAGAUGUCUCGAGAAGAAUUUUAUGAGCAUUUAAAACGUGAUUUGACAAAGAAGCAUCCUAAUACUGUCUAUUUGAGCAAAUUUAUAUCAAUAAUUACAAAUAAUGAAAAUUCAGAUUAUGAAUAUAUUAUUCAUGAUAUCCAAAGUAGGGAUUUUAACUCUCUUGAAUAUAACCUAAAAUAG